UAAAGGAAGGUAUAAGAAACUAAGAAUUAAGAGUUGUUUGGAAGGUGGGAAUAGCAAAGGGGAAAAAGUAGCUACAGAGAAAGGCAAGGAAGCUGACAAGAAUGCAGUACUAGAAGCUGACAUGGAGGGUUCAAACCAAUCUGAGAAGGGGAAAAGGAAGAUGAUUAGAGGCAAAAGAAAGUGCAAAAGAUGUGGAGAAUUAGGUCACAGUGAAACUAGCUACAAGUGCCCAUUGAACGGAACAAAGAAAAGGAAGAGAAAGCCUCGCAUGAAUAGAACAAAGUAUGGGGAUAAUGCCAAAAUCCCCAAAACUCGACUUCAACAAAGUGUCCAAGGUCAAGGUGCUGUCCAAGGUGAAGCUAAUGUCGAACUUGAAACUGUUCAAGAUCAUGGUGCUGUCCAAACUGAAGCUGAUGUCCAACUCGAAGUUUCUCUUCCGGUUACACCAACAAGGGAGUCUAUUUUACAGGACAGCCCAAUCAGAGUCACUAGGAGUCGGCUUGCUAUGCUACUGGGAGAUGGACAGAUUGAUAUCCAGUCACCUCCCAAGACUACAACUCCUAAGAAGAUGCUAGUGAAGAAGCUCACACCAAGGAAGCUGAAGAAAAUGUGACAAGAUUGUAAUAACCUGCUGAUUUCUAUGUUAUCUAAGAUUUUAGUAAGCUAGUGUUAGAAGUGAACCUUGUUAUGCUAUCAGAUGAACUAUAUUUGGAUG